UCGACCAUUAGUACUAACAAGUGCGGCGUGUCUUCUUCCGUUUAGACCUUGUUUGAACCAAAAUAUGCCACUCGUUUGACACGGUCCUUGCUUCCAGGCUAAUAUAUUACUCAUUUAGCCUCUGCAUACUUCUAUUUCUUCCCUUUGCAUCAAAUCAUGAAUGAUGUUCAAACGAAUUUUCACCUUGUUCCGUGUUGGAUUGUUCACUUUACGAUCGCUUGCUUUUAACAAGACCAACUCUAAAGCAGUCAUUCUUGAUGCGGCGUUUAAACCUAUCCUGUGGAUAGUGGAUUACUUUGUUGGUGUACUCGGCCCGAUUUUUGUAGUUCUUGUCAUUGGACUGAUAGCAAGUGUUGUCAUUAUUUAUUACGCUUCUAUAUUACCCAUGAUCCUUGAGGACCAUAUAUGUUGGAUAAUAUUCCAUAUCAUACUGUCGCACUGGCUUCUCAUAAAUAUUUGCUUUCAUUAUUUUAAAUCUGUUUUUACAAGUCCUGGUUACUCACCAAAGCUUGAGGAGCUGUCCCUGAAAGUAAAAGAGCAAGAUUAUGUAAUUUGCAGACAAUGCUCUCAGUCCAAGCCUGAAAGAACCCACCACUGCUCCAUUUGUAAAAGAUGUGUUUUAAAAAUGGAUCAUCAUUGUCCUUGGAUCAAUAAUUGCGUUGGUCACUUCAAUCAUCGCUACUUUAUUCUCUUUUGUAUUUAUAUGUGUCUUGGGAGUGUGUAUGUUGCUCUUAGUUCAUGGAGAAUGUUUGUUGAGCAUUUCUUUGAUGACAAGGAAACUGAGUCAAAGCCUAUAAAACCUACUGAAGAUGUAUCAUUUCAGAAAAAGUUUGCCAUGUUUCUAGGAAGAUAUGAAAAUGUUGAAGACUUUGACCACAACAGCAUAAUAUUUGUCUUCAUGUUGUGCUCUGCAGUUGCCAUAGCACUAGGACUACUCUCUGGCUGGCACAUUUUGCUCAUUCUUAAAGGAGAGACUUCAAUUGAAUUACACAUUAAUAAAAAGAACAGAAUUGAAUAUAGGAAACUAGGAAAGGUGUACAAAAAUCCCUAUGAUUAUGGGCCAUGGCAAAACUGGAAGAAACUGCUAGGUAUUGUGAAUAACAGGUCAUGGAUGAGUAUACUAUUACCUUCAUCGCAUCACCCUUAUGGCGAUGGCAUAUCAUGGAAACCUCCAUCAAAAACUGUUACUUAUAGAUCAAGACAACUACUGCCUGUAUGAUACACAUCUAGGUCUUAGUAGGGACGUUGGUGGUUUUUAAAGAAAGGGGGGGCUAUCACUCACAGUAUAUUGUUUUAAGGAAUAAAAAAAACUUAGUUUGUGCACAUGUCAACUAAAUAUAGAGAUUUCAAGUCUUAAGGUGAUCAAUUAUAAUGUAAAUUUGUUUCUAGCCUUUAAAGGUCCCCCCCCCCCAUCUCCAAUCUCCCUGCUUAUGAAUAAAUUGAUUCUAUAGUAUAUUAUAGAUAUAUUUUUUGAAGUUAGCCCAUUAUUUUUAUCAUUGUACAUGACUUUAAUGUGUAAAUUAAUUAUUAAAACAAACCACAAUCUAACAAUUA